UUGCCACUUUCUGUGGCGCUACAUGGCGGCGGCCAUUUUCUUCUUUCUCUUUCUGCUAACGUCAGUAAUGUGUAAGCCGCAAUACGAAGUGCUCGUUUCGCGUGGUUGUUUAUCUUCUUAAUUCUUCUUCUGGAGUCUCUUCUCGAAUUAUUAGAUUUAAUCUCCGUGAGAAGGGCGCUGGACAUGCUACAAAAUGCAAUUAAUUUUUGAUACUGAAACUGAAACGUGCAUUGACAAAAAAAUGGCCUUCAUUGAUAAAGAAUCUAUAAAUGAAAAAUUUAACGCCGAUAAUAUUAUUGAAAAAUUAAGCAACAGCAUAUCUAACGGUAACGGCAAUAAAGAGAAUAUUGAGAAAGUAGAUAACAUUGUAGCCGAUAAAAGCACCGAAAAUAGUGAUAUUGAUAGUACUAAGAAAUCAGAAGUCAAUGGCCAAAACGAAUUAAGUGUAGAUGAAGAAAAAAAUACAGCUAUUGUUGAUACAGCUUCUAGUCAAACUGUUCAAAGUGAGAGCAUAGAAAAAAAUACUGAUAAAAAAGAAGACGAAGAAUGUGCAGAAAGUGCAACAGAUAUAGAUAAUACUGUAGACCAAUCUAGUAAUAUAGAUGAUGCAAAUAUUCACACUGAUAAUGAUCUCCAAAGUGAUUUAGAGCAUGAAGAAAUUGCAAAUGGUAACCUUAUAGAUAACCAAGUCGGUGAAAAUAGCUGCUCAGAACAUAAAAAUGGGGAAAACUCAAACAAUGAAGAAAGUGAUAGUUUAAAUAAUGUUGGUAGUUCUGAAAAGGAUUCUGACGAUCAUAAGACUGAAAUGGAUACAGAACCAGAUGUAAGUACCGUAGAAAACCAAGAUGAAAUUCUUGAAAACUCGACUGAGGAAUAUGAGAAAAAAAAUGAAGAUGUCGCUUUGCAGUCUAACCAGAGCGAUGAAGAAACAGUUUCUUUCUUUUUCAAUAAAACUAAGUCAGAUGUACCAAUAGCUGGUGAUACGAUAGCUAUAGAAAAUGGCAAAAUCUCAUCAAAUGAAGAUGUCAUCAAUGACAAUCAGUUAGAUAAAGAAAAUAUAUCAGAACAAGAAAAACCAUCCAGUUUAAAGGAUGAUGAUGCAAAGACAGGCGCUAAAGAUAUUUCUUUAUCCAAAGAUACUGAAGCGAACAGUGAAAUAAUGGAAAUAGAUCUGAUCAAAGAGGGGGCAAGUGAAAUACCCAGCGAGUGUAAAGAAAAAGAUUGUGAAAGUCCUGUUGAAAUUGAAAAUCAAGUGGAUGAAGUAUCUAAUAAAAGCUCAAAUAUUCCAUCUUUACAGGAAGACCAGACUGGAAAUGAAAAGCCAAGUAAUCUAGUUGAAACUGAAUUUAAACCAGAAACUCGUCCCGAUAAUCAAAAUUCAACAAGUGAACCCAAAAAGUCUUUUACGAAGUGCAAGUUAUCAUUAGAUAUUUUAUCUGAUGAUGAAGACACAUUAUCUGCUGGUGAAAAUUGUAAUGAAAAUUCCAUAGAAUCUAAUAAGCAAUGUAUAAAUAUAGAGGACGAUGAUGACGACAUAAUGUUGAUAGAUGAUGAGAAUAGCACAAAACCCGAUGAUACACCUAAAGGAAGUCAUGAAAAUAAAGAAAAAGUUAAAAUAGAAAACAAAGAUGAUACUAUUUUUGAAGAUAAAAAAGAAGAAUCUCUGAAUAAUACCUCAACAAUUGAUAAAGAUAUUCCUAUGGAUGAAAUUAAAACAGAUAUAAAGAAAAAUGAUACAGAUCUUGUUGAUAAAGAAGAAAACAAACAGAAGAUUACGUCUCCGAAGCCGCUACUACCCACUAACUUUGUCUCUACAUGCAAGAAAAAUCUCGCUGAUAUGACUCGAAGUGAUUUAGAAGAAUUUUGCAUCCUAAAAAUUGUUGAAAGUGUCGUAGACAGAGGUAAUCUCGGCGAGAUAAAAUCUCAAUUAAAGAAAAUGUCACAGAAUAUUGAGGAGCAUAAAAACAAAACAAAGAUGCUAACAAAGCAGAAUCACGCAUUGCAAGUUGUUUUAAAGUCGGUUCAGGAAGAGUUAAAGAAAAAUUCAAAUGCCCCAAUAGUACCAUUAAAGAUAUCCCGCUCAGUUGGCAUACAGGUGUUAAUGUCAGAGAAGAACAAAAACAAGAAAACCAACAUCACAAACAGCAGUGUAGUAACCACUGUAAAUAAUGCAACCACUCCAAGUCCUAUAAAUAAGCCUAUACGUGGCUUACCACCUCAAAUAAUUAGGUCUCCAAAACCACCUCAACAAAAUAUUCCCGUUCCUCGAUUAGUCCCAGCAAGCUCUGCCGUAAAAAGUAAUACGCCAGCAACUAACCAAAUUCCAACAACGAACAAUAAAACAAUAAUUACUGCGCCGCCUGCUGCAAAGAAAUCACCGGCACAAAGGCCUGAAAAAAGACCUUUAGUUAAAAUACCUAACGAUACUGUUGAUUUGACUGACGACGAACCACCGCCAAAAGUUACAUCGAGACCAAACAAUCAAUCUGUAAGGCUUGUUCCACCUCAAAAUUUAAUGGCACCACAGCGUCCUCAACUCGGGACGCUCAUUAAUAGCCCCAGAAAAGUUUACAUUCCAAUAAGCGGAGGACAAGGGCAGAACGUGCGGCCAGGUCAAACCUUUAUGCUAAGAACCAUCAACCCUCAAAAUGUAAGACAGAGAGGUCCAGCGCCGAUUCAAAAAGAAACGUCGUAUCGAAAAGUAUCGUUACAUCCGGCACCUUUGCCCGAAGGUGCGAAACAGUGCCAACCUCCCAACUGGAAGUUAAUACCGCCGGCUCCGGAAAUAACGCUGUCAAAAGUUGAUAAUGGCAUAGUAAUUUCUUGGAAUUUGGACAGUUAUCAUGAAGACAAUUAUGAGAACAUAGCCAGUUACCAGAUUUAUGCCUAUCAAGAGACCGCAGCUCCGCCCAGCACGAGUUUAUGGAAGAAAAUCGGAGACGUCAAAGCGCUUCCUCUUCCUAUGGCGUGUACACUAACACAGUUUGUGUCUGGAUAUAAAUAUUAUUUUGCUGUGAGAGCAGUUGACAUCAGAUCUCGACUAGGGCCUUUUAGUUUGCCCAGCAACAUCAUGCUCGUUAAUAAAUAAGAAGACUGAUAUUAAUUAGACAUAUUAUAACAUUGCAUCGUAUGUGUUUAAAAGUGACUGUUGUUGGACGUGUACUUCUGAUGUGUAUUUAUAUUUUUGUGUAAAUUUUUUAAAUGUCAGUUUUUACUUCUAGAUAGUCAUAAUUAUUGUACAUUUAAACUAAUGUAGAGUCAUUUAAUGGUACAUGGUAGAUGUUAAAUGAAAAUAGUAUAACUA